AACGCAUCUCUCUUCCUUCAUGCGAGGAUCUUUGGUCUUUCUUUUUGACCACCGACCCGUGAGAGUCCUUUGCGGGAUCUUUAGUAAUAAGACAUUCCUCGCUCAACAGCCAGAUAUUCCUUGAAUAUAAUGGCCAAUCUCGAGCAUUUCCGGUCUGGGCAGUUACGCAGGUCAUAACCGGUCUUCCCUCCUUGAGGACUUUUGGCUCUCUGCUGUCCUCGACCUUUCUCCAGGAAUUGGUAAUACGCCUAUGCACGUCGUUUCGUAGCGCUUCAAGGAGAGGGACAGGCCUUUUCAGCCUCAACCCGCGCUAUAUUAUCGCUUCAAAUCCCACAUCUGCUUCCUUCUUUACCAGGCUCACUCCUACUUUACCAAAAUCUCACAAAACCAUACUCAUGGCUCAAAAGACCACAAAGUAUCGGCCCCAGUCUCCAAAAGACUGGGAAGAAUUGCGUCCAGUAUUUGUUCGACUAUACAUCUAUGAGAAACGACCUUUGGCCGAGGUGAUGGACAUCAUGAGGGACGAGCAUAAAGUUUCCGCAAGUGUCAAGAUGUACAAGAACAAAAUCAAGGAAUGGAAGCUAGGGAAAUACAUGAAGGGAGACCUAGCUCAACAAAUACUGGAGGGCGAUGUUGCGUCUUACAGGGUUAUACCCGCCGCCGGCAGUCUUGAGGAAGCUCGAAAAAAAGCCGAACGGUCAUUGAAACGCAAAAACGCUCGCCAGCGAGCACGAACACUGAAUCAGCCUUCACCGAUGAUCACAGAGUCAAUCUCUACACCGACGUCGCCUGGGUCACCAGAGGAAACCUCUGCCGCUUUAGUCCCUUGGAGUUCUUCACCAGAAAGCAUCGUUUCGCCUUCGAUCGGCACAAUCCAUUUUACGACAGGGGUUACUGAACGGUUCCUGAAGAAUCUUCGAGCAUGGACUCAUGAGGCUUAUUCCCAAGGCCACUGGGACACUAGUAUACAACUACCUGGUCAACACAACGGUGGACGUGGAGCUGCCCGCUUACUCUCCUCAUACCUCACUUCAGGUAUCAACCUGUAUGAGAGUGGCAAGCACAAGCUUGCCUGGGGGCAUUGGCAUCAAGCCUUCGAAGGUUUCCAGAGCCCUGAUCUUUUCAAAUCGUGGUAUCACGACAUUCCCAUGCGUCUGCUCUUCGAAGUGGGUCGAGUCGCCCAUAUGGGAACGAUACAUCAACCUUUAGCAGCAUCCUUGCUCAAGAAUAUAAAGAGAUGGGCGCAUAAAUUUCUGGAGCCGGAAGAUUGUCGACACGCCCUUUUCAGUGCCUUUGGCGAACUGGAAGUAUCUCAGCUCAAAGACCUAUAUGAGCGCGCCGCUCGCUGUAUGUUCAAUGGUCUUGAGGCUCGAGUUGAAAAGCACAACCCAUUGCUCUAUGAAGUACGACUCAACAGGGCUCUAGAUAUGCUAUGGUACGACCCGGAAGCCGACAUGGCCGAAUGGCUCCCACAUGUGGAAGAGGUUGACGAGAUUUGCGGCUCCAACAACUAUUACUCAGUCUACUUCCUUCUGCUGGAGGCUUAUAGGCUGGUUGCCCGGGAUUCGCACGAUGAGGUGGAUCAUGUCUGCUCACAAGUUAAGAGGAGACUUACAGACUUAGAGCAGACCCACGGCAGCAUUGACCCUUGGCGUGUUGGGUUGGGAUAUCGACGACUCGGACGGUUGCAACACGAAAAAGGACAGUUUGCAGACGCACGUCGAAGCUUCAACACUGCAUACAGAUAUGUCAGUAGUGAUCCCAAGCUGUCAAGAUCCGUCUUGAUAGAGAUUUGCCAACGUCAAAUGAGUAUGGCUACUGACCAAGAAGACGAAUGCUUGUGGCAGGGCAUACUUUCAGAAAUGGAGCAGGAGACCAAGCCACAUGUCGAGGAUAACGACCGCUUACGACAACCUUCAGGACCUUCUGCCCAUGCGAAACCACAAGUCAACAGACAGCGGGGGCUUUCGCCAGCACGAUCCAAUACUUGGUAACGCAAUCAUGAAAACCCAACCACGAAACGGUUGCAACAACUAUGAUUCAGGAUGAGAUGAAUGAUGAGAUGAUAAGAUGAUGACCUGCGACAUUCUAUGAUACCAUUUAUGGGGUCUUUGGACUGUACAAUACGAUUGAGCAUUGUUGUUAUAUAUAUUUAUAUCCUCCCUUUCAUUAGGCCAAGUCUUAGGAUUUCGGGAUUAUUAUCUGAGCCUAGAUAACAACCCAGGCUCGCCAAAUAAUCGAACCAUCUAUUCCUUGAGUAGGUCCGCAUGGUCAACGACACAGAC